AUGUCAUCAUCCCCAAAGAGUGUUGUUAUAACUGGAGCCAAUCGUGGUAUUGGAUUGACUAUUGUGAGAGAAUUGAUCAAGGAUAAGAAUAUCCACCAUCUCAUCGCAACAGCAAGAGAUGUGGAGAAGGCCGAAGAUCUGAAAUCUAUCAACGACUCUCGUCUUCAUAUUCUACCUCUCGAUGUUGUUUGCGAUAAAUCUAUCGACACUUUCGUAGCCAAAGUCGCCGAGAUAGUGGGAUCAGACGGUCUCAACCUUCUUGUGAACAAUGCUGGAGCUGCAUUCGAAUACAGAACUAAAAUUGAACCAAAUCGUGCUACACUGGCCAAACAAUUCGAUGUCAACACUAUCAGUCUAGUGAUUUUAACCCAGAAGUUCCUUCCACUUCUCCGUAAAUCUGCUUCCAAAGUAUCCGGAGAUAAACUAUCAAUUUCUCGUUCGGCUGUAAUCCAAAUAUCUUCUGGACUUGCAUCAGUGUCUCAGAACAAUUAUGGAUCUGAUUUAAUUCCAAUGCUCGCUUAUUCAAUGAGCAAAACAGCAGUCAAUCAGUUCAAUAAGACGUUUUCAAUCGAUGUGAAAGACGAUCACAUUCUGAGUGUCAGUUUUGCUCCUGGAUGGAUUAAAACAGAUCUCGGAGGACCGGACGCCCCAUUGACGCUCGAGGAAGCCGUUCCGGUGUUGGUGUCCAGUUUCUACAAGUUGGACAACUCUCAUCAUGGCGGAUACUAUCAAAGAGACUUAACUCCAACCCCAUACUAA